GGUAGCCGUUGACUCUUUUCAUUAUGGCGUACGCGUAGGCGGGGCACGGUGGCUAGCAACGCGGCGUCUUCUACUGGUUUUGAAAUCCACAAGCGCGCAGUUUUCCGCCAGUAUUUGAUCUGUUAGUGAUUAUAUGUGGGCGUUUACGUUUUUGGUAGCACGUUAAAGCUAUUAGCAUGCAAUAAUAUAACUAAAAUUAUUCGUCUCAUAUAUUUGUGAACGAUGAUUAUAAUUCUGGAAAGUAAAUCACACAUGAGCUAGGUAGUAGGUUUAGCUUUGCGGGUUUGUUUGGAUUCUGUAGAAGCGACUGAGGCAUGUCUCUACCGCCGGAGAAAUCUAAUGAACUAAAACAGAUCAUCCAUGAUCACCUUAUGAAGAUGGACAUUCAGGGGCAGAUCCGGGAUGUUUUAGCAGAGGCAGUAAGAUGUCAGGGGGAUCAGAGGCCACUGUCUGAGGAUGAUCUGCUGAUAGCACUGCAGCGCAGGGGCAUCGUGGAGGACGCCAUGAAGCAGCUCAGCUUCCCCAGUGCAGAACUUUCACAAAUAGAAGAGGAUCUGAACAAGUCUCCAGAACGCAUCACUGAGAAGGGCAUUACACAGAUUAAAACAGCCAAUAUCAAUCCACUGAGGAGAUACUUGUACCUGCAGGUUCUUGGGGGAAAGGCCUUCCUUGAGCACCUGCAGGAGCCAGAGCCUUUACCUGGUCAAGUGUGUUCUACAUAUACACUCCACCUUCACUUCUGCAACCAACGCUUUCACUCCAAACCUGUGCCCUGUGCCUGUGAACCCAACUUACAAGAGGGCUUUCUUCUAGAAGUACACCGAGCUGGUCCAGGUGAUGCCAGUAAGAUGGCUGAUGCCACCACCAUGUUGUCCAUUUGUGACCCAGUGCACAUGGUGUUGAUACGGACAGACACAGCAGGAGACACAACGCUCGUCUCCUCUUAUUUCUUUGACUGGCGAUCUGUUCUCAGUGCCCCCAAUGGAAAGACAUCAGUGUCUGUGGAGCUGCUUGGUGUAGGCAGUGAGUGUAAAGUGCCUGCUGGUGUCCUUAAUCUCAGGCUGGAACUGUACCCUCCACUUAGUGAAACUCUGAGCCCUGAAGUAAUCAGCACACAGAGGUCACUGGAGCGCCAGAAAUCUGCAGAGAAAGAGCGCUUGUUUCUGGUUUAUGCUAAACAGUGGUGGAGGGAGUUCUUAGAAAUACGACCUUCUCACCAAUCCAAGCUGGUGAAGAUCUUUGCUCAAGAUGAGAAUGGGGUAAACCGCCCGGUGUGUUCAUACGUACGUGUGUUGCGUGCUGGCCGGCUGUUGGAAAGUCCGCGGCAGGCAGCUCGCUUUGUGAGUCUGCUGGCUCAGGAGAGGGCGCCUGUGCUGGGUGGAGGAACACGGCAUGAGCAGUGGUGCAGUAUGAUGGCAUUCCUCUGUAGGAACAAGGGUGACUGUGAGGACCACGCCACACUCCUGUGUAGUCUGCUGCUGGGUUUUGGCCUAGAUGCUUAUGUGUGUGUGGGCACCAAAGCUAAAAACACCCCCCAUACCUGGGUGAUGACCAGUGGUACUGAUGGCACAGUCACUUUCUGGGAGAGUCAGACAGCUCACAGAUACCUACAUCAGCCAGUAGACCCUGAGGCCCCCCCACUAGUUGCUCAGCCCAAACCAACCUACCCAUACCGCACAAUUGGUUGUGUUUUCAACCAUAAGACUUUCUUGGCUAACUGCCAACCUUCAGACUUGGUGGAGUUGUGCGUGUUUGACUUCACGGAUGCUUCCCGAUGGAAGGCUAUGAGUGAAGAAGCUGUUUCUUCAGUUUGUGCCCCCAGUUCAACUUCUUCUCUACCUCCUACUCCUCCUCUCUGUCCUCCCUCGGUGCAGGCCAGCGAUGCCAGUAACCAUCUAGAGCUUGAGCUACGUUACUUGGUUACUGAGCACAGGAAGGAUAUUGGUCUGGCUACAGUAUGGGAUGAUCACCUGUCAUACCUGCUCUCCUCUGCUCUGGCAGCCUAUGAGCUGGAGCGCUGUACAGGCAUGUCCUGUGGAAACGAGGAAUUUCAGGAUGCUGUUCGGAGAGCUGUUCCAGAUGGACAUACAUUUAAAGGAUUUCCUAUUCAGUUUUUACAUCGAAAUGCACGCAGAGCUUUUGCUACCUGCCUCAGGUCACCAUUCUGUGAGGAGGUUGUGUCAUGUCGAGGAGAUCAUGUCCGUCUGGCGGUACGAGUGCGUGUGUUCCCCUACCUCGAAUCAGCCUCUGCUGUAUGGAUCAUGUUCGCUUGCAAGUACAGAUCAGUGCUGUGAUCAUACAAAACUCAGUGUGUGCGCCGUUUAUAAAUUGUGUAAUAUGGGAUUUUAUUUUGGCACAUUUGGUCAGUCUUCAUAGAAUUUUAUUAUUUAAUACAUUUUCAAAUUUUUUGUCAUUAUUUAGCUAUAUUAAUAUCCAAGACAUAAAUAUUGUUUGUUAGGCCUUUUUUAAAUGUGUGUUUAAAGACUUUUAUUAAAAUGUGUGUUUUCUAUUGACUAGAUCCUGUGUUGGAGUGUAGUGUUAUUGUACAGUAGGAUUUUUGUACAGUUUACUCUUAAAAUAUAUAUUUAAUUGUUUCUGGCCCUCAAUUUAAAUACAAAAACUCAUAAGGACAGUCGUGUUUUCAGAAUUUUCAAAAAUCUAAAUCUGAAAUACAGUAAUCCCCGCAUUAUUGCGAUUAUUUUACGCCCACAGUUUAUCGAGGAAUUGCAUUUGCCACAUAACUAAUUUGUUUAGCUGAUUUUCCCGGUCUCUAGCACGAUAGACCAAAAAAUUAAAGGGAGUUGUUUUUAUGUUCAAAUAAUAAAUAAAAAUAUAAUUAUAAAAAGAAGUAAAAUGUAAAUACAAUACAGUACUGUAUACAUAAAAUAGCAUUUUUAGGGUGGCAUCAGUUUAUCGCGUUUUUUUUUUUUUCUCAUUAAUUGUCGGCGGUUUUGGAGCGUAACCACGGCGAUAAAUGGGGGAUUACUGUAUCUGUAAGGUCCCACAUUUCUCAGUUUACACAUCAUGAAAGAAAUCAAACCAAGACCCUAGCUUUAAAUGAAUGUCAUUUUAACUUUGAUUCAAUCUUGAGACACUUUUUUUUUUAUUCAUUAUUUGCCAUACUCCAUCAUCAUAUGGCAAAAUAUUUUGAGAAGUAUGAGAUAUUUUGUGACAAGUAAACUAGAUUGUUAAUAUGUCGAAGAUUUGAUAUAAGUCAGAAUUGUGAUGUCACCAUUUCUUCAACCUCAUGAUGUUCUAAGCUUUCUUUUUGUAAAACACAAUAUAUGAUUUUAAAGUCAAUAUUUGUCCAUAUAAUGAAAGUCAUUGGUGACUAAAUUGUUACUUCUGGUUUAAAUAUAAAACAUUUUUUAAGAUA